CUGAGUAGUCAACCUAACUUGUGUCCGUACGUCAAUUCGGUUUCCUUCGCUCUGCACAGCGCUGCCGCUCCUUAUUGCAGCGUCUUCAACACCAAGCGCUGCACUAUCUUGUCCGCUCUUGUGGAUUUUCCAUGUUUAGAAGGCGGACACUCCUCGUUACCCUAUUAUCCAUCUUUGCUGUGCAAAGCGUUUACGCCAAUAAUGCAGGCUUUGGCGGUAACUGCUCCCAACCAGCACAAAAACUUGCACAUGGGACCUUUCAGCUUUCUACGGGAUGCACACCACAAUUCUACUGCGCUGCGAAUAGUACCUGUGCUCACAAAGGUUGUCGACGAGCUGACUUCCCGUUCGGCUAUAAGCAAGGAGCCCGACUCCCCCCCAAAUGCUCGUCUCGCCAAUUCUGCCCCGAUGAGGAGGACCAGUGUCAGGAUCUACUGCCAGUAGGUAGCUUGUGUCAGCUGAAUCGGGAUGAUCAAUGUCAACCACCGUCAAAUGCCAGGCAGCUGGCGGGUCCCCGUAACUUGAACGGAGCUAUUUGCCUCAACUUUUACUGCAUGUGGGCAAACGUGACGCUAGGCCAGCCUUGUAUUGUUGAAAAUGUACCCUACAUCGUUUACGACUCAACAGGAUCUCAUCAGUUCAUCAAUGUCGUAUCACGCGAUAAUUGCGAGAAUGGGCUCUACUGUGAUGGCACGAAACGAGUUUGCAUGAAACAGCUUGACCAUGGGGCCGCGUGCGCAGCUGACAAAGAGUGUUCCACGAUGAAUUGCGACACCAACGGUGCGUGCGGCCUUGAUCCUUCCACCGUCCAGCAUGUCGCCACGUGGGUUUAUGUGAUUGUUGGUGUUGCAAUUGUUGGAGCGAUGGCUGGUAUUCUUAUUACCCUCUUUGUGUUGCAUCGCCGUUCGCGUGAGGCUGAACAAGAGAAACGUGCACAGUAUUGGAGAGAGCAGGAAGCGUUCAGGAACAAUAUCUUGUCUAUGCGUGAACAGGCACGCGCUUCAUUGCUUUCGCUACCAUUGCAGUCUGGUAACAACGGCUCACGCGGGGCGUUCAGGGAUCAAGACUUUCCGGGGUCAGAAUCUCAGAGCCCAAUUCAUUACGGAUCCGGGAGCAGCGGCGGCCACGGCAAGACUUCGGCACUUCGUCACACAUUUUCGGAUCGUGAUAACGACGCGGAUAGCAUGGAGGAAGCCCUCGUUCACUCUCAUUCGCCGGAUGAUGAUGAUGAUGUGUACGGCAACAGCAGUAGGCAAAGGAAAUUGGGAGGAGGCAGGAUUUAAUCCGGGGUGCAGGUCUUCACUUUUGCCUCCCAUCGGGAGUUCCAAUUGAAAAUUCCUCUACCGAAUUUUGCUGCUGACGAGUUGGAGUAUUUAUUGCGAUAACGGCGAGAGGAAACUGCGGACUCAGACUCGCAAUCUACUUAGCAUAUAAAUAAUCGUCGUGUUGUGACCCUGCUCAUCCGAUUGGCUGUUGUCAAGUUGUCCGCGCUCCUGUCUGCCCUUGUGUGAGCGAACACUGGUACCCCUCACAUUCAGUACGUUCGCACUUGUUCGACACUCUGUUUACUAUGGAUGGAUGGAUGGAUGAAUUUAUUUGUGACUGUGAUCGACACGGGUGAAAGAACUCUGGUAGAGGCUGGGAUCCUGCCUAGGUGAAAGAUGCUUGGGAGAGGGAUAGUGGAUGAGAGAAAGGUUAAUUGUCAAUGGAUGGUGAGACAU